UUACUGUUUACAACUUCCACACUUCGUAAUAAUAGUAAUAAUCAGUAAUUCGACUCAACUUCUUGUAUAUAAAAGCACUAAAACUGUGCAAUUCUGUUAAUUACCCAUAAAUUGUUUUGAUGUUUAUCAGACACGUUCUUCUGCAUAUCGAAAACAAAGAUCGAUUACCACCCCUAAUGCAAGCUAUAUAUCACGAAGACAAUCAAAUAGUAUCCCUAUUACUGAAACUAAGGGCGAACCCGAACCAUUGCAACGACAUAAUUAAAAUAUCUCCCCUUAUGGCAGCCGUCUUUCGCGGUCACUUAGAAAUAGCUAAUUUAUUAAUUAAAAAAGGGGCUGACCCUAAUUUAAGAGAUAUUAACGAAAGGACAAUUUUACACCAUGCCGUGGAUUCUGGAAAAAUUGAUAACGUUCAAUACGCUUUGAAGUGCUACAAUAAUAUUAAUUGCCAAGAUAAUCAAGGAUGGACGCCUCUGCACAGAGCAGUCAUUUUGGGACUAAAUAAUGAUAUAAUCACUUUACUAAUUAGCAAAGGAGCUGAUAAAAAGAUAAAAGAUAAAAAUGGAUUCGACGUGGAAAAACAUUUCGAGUUGACCACGAAGCAAAAUAAUAAACAAAACCCUAAAUUACAACAACAAACCAAAAGAUUUAAAUUAUGUAAAGGUGAAAAGCGACAAACAAUAUUCCCUAAUUUAUUAAGUUNUUUUUUAAAACUAUCCAAUUACUUUCUAUUAUAA